AUGGAAAAACUCUCCUCCUGGCUUCUGGGAAAGAAAGCAUACAAGAUCCUCGUCCUGGGAGAAGAUGGCUGCGGCAAGACGACCUUCAUCGACAAACUGAAAUUCAACCAUGUCGGGAGUCAGUCGAAACCCACGGUCGGGUUUUACGUCCAAACGGUGCGCUAUCCGAUGAAUUCGACCUGGCAGUUAUGGGAGCUGAGAACAACGGUCGAGCAUAUGCCGAUCCUGCGACAGCAUCUCUCGCCGAGUACACUGGUUCUCUGGCUUCAUGAUUGCGAAAGUGCCAUAGACCCCCCAGAGGAGUUUCCAGCCCUGCUCCACGAAAUGGUGGAGGCUGGUUGUCGGUAUAUCUGGGUGGGCCUGAGCAAGCAGGAUGGACAGAAAGUUGGAAAGGAGGCGCUUGACGGUAUCAGACGAGCAUACCAAGAGGAGUUUGCAAAGUACGAUGACAAACUAUCCAAGAGAAUCCUCCGGCAGCGAUUGUGUCUGAAGGCAGGAAGCGACGAUACAUUCGAAGUCCUGGAGGAGAUCUAUACCACCGUGAUGAACGUCAGCCUAGAAUCGCCGAAGCAAGUCGAUCCAGAGCUCGAGCGAAAGCAGCGCGAGACAAUGGAGCAGACGCCUGAGGGUCAACAGCUUCUACUAGAAACAGCCAUCACCAACGACGCUUUGGACGCCGACAGCUUCUGGGAGCUAUUCGUCAAAGCAGACCUACCAGUCUGGAGCCACUAUCAUUACCUAAAAGCAGCUUACUGUCUCAUUCUCUCUUCAGAGAAGAACGCCUUCCAACAAGCAGCAGAUUACAGGCUCUAUCUGCAGAGCUUAAAGCACAACCGCCCUGACGUCUUCAAGAGGGGAAACCUCCCCAAAAGUCCCGUCGACGAACCCUUCAACACAAGCACCACCGUCUUCUGGAUCCUGCAACUCCAACUCGCAAUUCGCAACUACCGUGUGCAUACCAUGGCCCCAGACCUUCCAAGCCGAUCCGACUUCUGUCAUGUCCUCCGCCAUUCUGCCUCGCUGAUGAAUAGUAACCCCUGGGAUGAAUGGUACUCCAGUCCGCCUGCCUUCUCAUGUACAAAGGAUAUCUGGUUUCCGCCCAAUCUCAAGCUGUUGCCCACGGAUACGCACUAUCGCAGCGAUCCCGCAGUCUUGCCGGUUGAGGAUAAAUCUCCGGAAAGACUUUUACGGUAUGUGUUCGCUGUACUGCGGUAUAUUCAGCGGACAAGUGCGCAGCGAGAAGAAACAAUAUCGCUGGCACUGGGAACGUUCAAACAGAUCACGAUGCGCUUGAGGACGCAUUCUCCCUCGCUUCUGCCAUACUCCGAGACGCAGGCCCGGUUUUGGAUACAUAUUGUUGAUGCAGCGAUGCGGGGGUUAGAAGAUGAAAAGGAAACCGACCUCACGUUUGAAGAGUUCCAGGGCAUGUUCCAUUUGGAAGUGACGAGCUGGAAGAAACAUUAUUCGAAAACGGUCUGGGAUGGCGUCAGCGCGCGGUGGCAGUUUGUUCCGCCUGAUCUUGAGCCCCUGCCGGACGUUAGUUCGCCUGUUAGUUUUGGGCCGGAGAUCGUUUCUGAGAAGUCGACUGCUUCGACACUCAGUUCAAAAAUGCCAUAUACAGAAGAACUCUCGUUCUACGCCGCGAUGGUGAUCAAGCAGACCGAGAACUCGAAGCCGGUCCUUCCAAUAACCAGCCACGCCGAUCUUCUUUCCUACCUGCACGCGGCCCUGGCGGAGAAACAGGAGCAAAAGCAAUAUCCAAAUUCAGGGCCAGUCGGAGUAUCGCAACCGCUUACCAUCGGGCAAAAAGGGCAAUCUGCAUUCGCAGAACUGUCCAGCCCGCUAGUCGCUGCAGCCACGCACAGAAACUUCUGGAUUCAGCAAGUCGCGGUCGCAGUGUUGCAUGCAGAGAGGGAGGGGGUGUCGACAUUCCCAAACUUUAUCACGAGCAACCUGCGGCUUGCAUGGGAGGGACUGCCUGGGGUAUAUUACAGUGCAGGGGUCUGGACCGAUGGGGCUGCAAGGGGAGGGAAUCAGAUCGUGCCAGGUGAUAGACGGAGAGUGCCGACGAUUGUCGACCUGGACCUGGCGGGAAAUGAGGAGGACUGGGUGCAUUGUUGA